UACUCGAUCUAUUCUUGUCUACCACCCCGAUCCAGGGUGUUUGCGAGACCAUACAUUUGGAUAUCAGUGACCACUCUGCAAUACUUGCCAGGCUGCCAAUUUCAGCAAGUCACCACUUGAAGGGACAGCAUCUGCGCAAGACUCGCUGUUUGCACAAAGUGGAUUGGAAUAUGUUUACAUGUGACCUGGAGAAGACGCUAACUACCUGUGACUCUGUCUGUGUGGAUGUGCUUGCGUCGUCACUCACUGCGGGAAUCCAGACCACUCUAGACAAACAUGCUCCACUUCGGGAACGGCGCCGCAAAUCUCGACGUCCUUGCCCCUGGAUUACAGAUGAGUUAGUGGCAAGUGUUCGUGAACGGAACCGGGCGCAUCGUCUCUGGCUCCGAGACAAAACCGAUCAGAACCUUCAAGAAGCACACCGAUCAGCUCGCUCCAAAGCACGGAAGUUGGACAGGAGUCUGCGCAACUUGUACUUCACUAAGAGAUGUGAUACAUCAGAUCAACGGCAACUUUGGGCUGUCAUGAACGAUAUCACAGGCCGACAGAAGACACGGAAAGAACCUGAAGCGCCGCUUGAGUCACUCAGUAAAUUGUUUGGAGACAUUGUGCAUGACCCUAUGCGGCCACCUGAGCUGCAUAUACCACAUGGUCCAGCCUCUGCAUCUAGCUUCUCAACAUUUCAGCCGGAGUUCGCGGACGACAUCAUCCUAGAUUAUUCUGAUUCAGAUCUGGACACUGUUUGCAAGACGUUGACUACGGCUGUGACACGUCUGUCUGACUGGCUCUCCGAAAUUGGGCUUCUGCUGAAUACCGGCAAAACCCAAGUCAUGGUAAUUCAACCUCGGGGACUCACUGGCGACAUACCAGUCGUGAAAUGUAAGGAUCAAGCCUUAACUGUUACCUCCACUGCCAAAUACCUUGGCGUAACCAUUGAUGACCAGCUAUCCUGGCAGCCCCAUGUCUCCAGUGUUGUGCAGAAGGCGUCAGUCGCCAUCAGCCAGCUAUGGCGCCAUGGGCGAUCUCUGCCCAUAAGAGCCCGCAGACUUUGGUACAUUGGCAUUGUGCAAGCACGACUAACAUACGCAUCCAAUGCAUUCUUCCCGUCGCUGAUACAGCAGCUGCAGAGUCGUUUAAUCAAAUCCAGCAAAUCCGGAAUUCGUGCAAUUUUCCGACUCUCCAGCCGUGCAUCCACAGCCCCCCUCCUCGUGCGCUUAUCUAUUCGAUCCCUAACUCACAUUUUUAACUACAAGGUUUUAUUUUUUGUUUUCCGUUGCCUACAUGAUCUUGCAAGUCCUCUUUUCUGCACCUACUUUCAGUUGAUGGCUAACACAGGCCAAGCAUCCCGGGAUGAUCGCCGAAUUACUCGAGGACAGGAGCAGCGGCUACUGCAAGUGCCUUUCCUUCCUGGACCUUCCGGUCGUCAGUCAUUGACAUUUGUGGGAAGCACUCUUUGGAAUUCCCUUCCCAGCGAUAUUCGCCUCCACAGUGCGGCGGUUGCCUUUAAACUGGCUCUGAACAGAAUUAAUAAUUUGUAACCACCUUGCUCGGCAUCCCUACACAUUACUGCAUGUUUUCUCGGUGUUUUCUUCACUGCAUGCUUACACAUACACACACCCAUUUGAAUUAUAUACAAACUUUGUGCUUUGGAAUUAUCAUGAUUGUUAUGAUUCUUUUUAAUAUUUCCUUCUCUCAUAAUAUUAUAUUCGUUCUUAGCAGAAACCGGAGGUUUUUCCUCUGGUGAGAAGGCAGAAUUGCCUGUGCUCUAAACGAA